GAUGUAAGUGCAUCAAACUAUCCAUCCCGAACAUUUUCUUUUCAUCUUCAUAAGCUUCGUCUUUCGUAUCGCUCGGCUAUUAUAACACUUCGAUUGAAAAUUUUGUUUAACAUAUUUACGAAAACGGAACAAUGCCACAAGCACCAAAGAAGAUACUUCUCACUGGAACGACAGGCUACAUUGGCGGGACUGUACUUGCCGCCAUUCUCAAUUCAUCCGCACCAUCGCUGAAAUCAGCUUGUAUUACUUGUCUGCUUCGUGGCAGUGAACGCGCUGCCCAGCUCACAUCUGCCUACGGCGAUCGUGUAAAGCCAGUUCUCUAUGAAGAUCUCGACGACUUAGACCGUGCUAUUGAGGUCGCUUCUCAGCACGACAUUGUCAUCAACACCACCCCAGGAAUGCAUGUUGCUUCAUCGCAGGCCUUAGUGCGUGGUCUAGCACAACGAAAACAGUCUCUAGGAUGUGAGGUGUGGAUGAUUCAUACAUCUGGUGUCUCUAACAUCGGUGAUCGGCCAAUUUCAAACCCUAUGCCCAUCCAUGAAUGGGAUGAUAUCAAAGAUGAUGUGUACACCUUCGAGAAGAAACUAGAAGAUGAGUACGCUUACCCUCAGCGAACUGCUGAGCUAGGCGUUGUAGAUACUGGUCUUCAGCUAGGCGUUAAGACCCUUGUUAUCAUGAGUCCUAUCAUCUAUGGAAUUGGAACCGGUCUAUUUAACACACAGAGUCUGGCGCUAUACACCAUGAAAGCACUAGUACAAGUGGGAAGGCCAGUGGUGCUUGGCGAUGGAGCGGGAAUCUGGGGCCAUGUGCAUGUGAAAGAUCUAGCCGACUUGUAUGCUCUUGUUGCGCAAGAAAUCAUGGAGGGAAUCUUGAAUCUAUUCCUAGUGGAAAGAAGGGAAUCAUUUACAGUUCCAAUGGACAACAUUCCUGGUUGGAAUUGACAUCAGACUUGGCGGAAGUGUGCCAUAAGAAUGGGCUAAUACCGGAAAAGACAGUUACUCACGUAGAUUUGGACGAGGGAACAGCACUUCUGGCACCAACACUUGGUUUUCCGGGUCUCGCCAUUGAUUCUAGCAACGCGAGAGCAUAUGUAGAAACCGUAUUUGCAAGCAAUGCGCGCACUGUAGCGAGUGUUGCAAGGAGUCUUGGCUGGAAACCGUCGAGAGGAGAAGAAGCAUGGAAACAGAAUUUUCAGGAUGAUGCUAACAUCUUAUUGAAGGCUGUAAAAAAAGCAUAACAGGUUUGACGAUUAAGUGUUACAGGACUCAGGCUGACGGGUAGGAUAUUAUUUCUCGCUAGCCUUUAGUCAUACCGGGUAGGACUCCUUUAAAUUCAUUCUUCAUAUUAUAUUUUGUCAUUCUCGAAUAUAAACAAUUGAUGCGCUCUAUUAUUACA